AGAUAAGGAUCGUAUCGUAGGCAUCGUGAAUAGCCUCAAUGCCCAUCUUUGCGACCGACAAUAUUGAGUUUUGAGUACUUUUUGGAUCGGGAAAGGUAACGUGAUAAUUUCGUGGGAAAUUCCGCAACGACCGACUCAACGCUAGAGCAUCUUUUGCUUGUCUGGUCCAACCUUCACAAGCAAUAUGCUAAUUAGCAAGAAAAACAGGCGCACCAUCUAUGAGGCCCUCUUCAAAGAGGGCGUCUUGGUCGCUAAGAAAGAUUUCACUGCUCCCAAGCAUGAGGACAUUGAGGUUCCAAACCUUGAAGUUAUCAAGGCCAUGCAAAGCUUAACAUCAAGGGGCUUUGUCAAGACUCAAUUCUCGUGGCAGUAUUAUUAUUACAUCCUCACCGAUGAAGGUCUUGAUUACAUCCGUGAUAGGCUUCAUCUCCCUUCCGAAAUCGUUCCCGCCACCCACAAGAAACCAGCGCGUCCUCCUCGUCCAGCGACUGUUCGCCAUGGUGGAGAAGGUGGUGGCUAUCGCGCUCCCCGUGGAGACCGUGAUGACUACCGCCGAAGAGAUGCUAAGGAUGAGGGCGCUCCGAAUGAAUUUCGCCCUCGAUUUGGUGGCGUUGGACGUGGUGCACCUCUUGCUUCAUAGAUGUUACUGGCCACCUGCACCUGCGGGGCAACCGCUAGUUUAUAAUGGUCUGACUAAAGGGCGGGCAUUACUUUGCUCAUGGCGCUUCCUCACACAUGCAACUUGGCUUACGCGUUGGAUUUGUGUGCGAUGCUAUGAACAGCAUUGACUCGGAAUGGAUUCCCACCGACAGUGUUGCUCAUUGCUAAAGUCUUUUCAUCUAUGUACUGAAGUGGAAGCAGUUCCAUUUGGUUGGGCGGCUAGUGCGAGAGCAUCUAACUGC